GUUUGUGGCUCUCGCUAAACUUUCUGUCUUCGUUGGCAGCAGUCUUUUGUGGGGCAGCUUCUACUAUAACUCCGCAGUGUACGUGAGCAGCUGGCAGCCGUUCGGGAGCCCGAGCUCAUCUGGAAAAAAAAGAAGCGACAUGCUGGACGAGCGGAUCGUGUCGCUGUUUAAGCGCCACUGGCGGCAAACUAUCACAUACUGGAGCGCGUUCUUCAGCUUCGGCCUGUGCAUCGCCCUCCUGGGACCCACCGUCCUGGACCUGAGGUGUCAGACCCAGUCCACGCUGCAGCAGAUCACGUGGGUCUUCUUCUCCCAGCAGUUCUUCCUGCUGAUGGGCAGCGGCCUCGGGGGGCUCUUCAGGAAGACACUCCAGUACUCACUGCUCGCCCUCUUCUCCUGCACUCUCGUCAUCUCGCUGGUGUUUGCCGUCAUACCGCUGUGUAACCAUGUGUUGCUGCUGUCUGUCGCCAUGGCGAUUGCCGGAUUAGCCAUGGGGGUGAUCGACACCAUUGCCAACCUCCAGCUGGUGAAGCUGUACCAGAAGGACUCCGCCAUCUUCCUGCAGGUCUUGCAUUUCUUCAUGGGCCUGGGAGCUCUGGUCAGCCCCUUGGUGGCCGAUCCUUUUCUGGCAGAGGACGUCUGUGUCCAGGGUGCCAACUGGACCGCCAACGCGUCCGCUCCCGUCGACCUACUGCACCUCCGCAGCAGCCUGGCCGGGCAAGGAGCGGAGAUCGGCAACAUCUCCCAUUAUCCUAUGCACACCGAGGGUGUGGUCGUCACCCGGGUGUCUUAUGCUUUCUGGAUCAUGGCUCUUAUCAAUCUCCCAGUGCCAGCAGCAGUACUCACUUUGAUCUACCACGAGAGACUGCUGCCUUGCUCCGGCAACAGUCCACGUCUGAUCCACAGAGACUCUCUGUCCAGCACCAGCCCCACCGGUGACAGUGUUCAUGGUCAUCGGAGAUGUGUUCGUUGCUGCGACCCUGCCAAAUUCCGGGACCGCCCUGCUUCUUUCCUCUUAAUCCACGCACUGGGUGGGGCAAUCCUCUUCGUCACUGAAGGAAUUAUAGGCGCCUAUUCUGGAUUUGUCUACACCUAUGCAGUUUCCCCUCCUCUGCGGAUGGCUCAUAAGACAGCUGGCUAUCUUGACAGUACAUUCUGGGCCUCCAUUACAGUAGGAAGACUGGCUUUCAUCUACCUGUCCUACAAAUACACAGCACCCAGGCUGCUCAUCUUCAGUCUGGUCGGGGUCAUACUUGUGCAGUGCCUGUUGUUGAUCUUCUUCACCAGCGGCGUGUUUCUCUUCAUCGGUACCUGCAUUUUGGGACUGUGCAUCAGCAGCGUGUUCCCAUCCAUGCUUGCCUUUACAGAGGACAUGCUAGACUACAAAGGCUGUGCUACAACUGUCCUGGUGACGAGUGCCAGCACAGGAGAGAUGAUGCUGCAGCUGCUUGUUGGAUCGGUGAUCCACAGUGGGGGCAGUUACACCUUCAUGUUGUGUUGUACAAUAUCGUCAUUCAUUGGCCUCUGCCUCUUCCUGCUGCUCCUCUAUGUCAGGCACAGACACAGAAACUGCAGCGCAGAUUCAUCUCAAAACCCAGACAUGACAGAGAGGCCAGAGUCAAAAUGUUCUUGAUGAGGGGUCCCCGAGAGACUGAGGGGGGAUUCCAGAGGACACACAUGGCCAUCGGCGAUGGAAAGGGAGCAUGAGAAGAGCCAUCUCUGGAUGUUUCCACUCCAGGAGCUUCAUCUCAGCCUCCUCUGAACAUUUUUUUUAAUCUAAAGAAAUGAACUUCAAGCCUGACGAUCAAUUUUGUACACAACCCUUGUGCCCCUCACCACUUUUUGCUUGUAUUCCUUUUUUGAUGGUUUUGGCUAUGGUAAUGCACAUGGCAUGAUUUGUCAAGGGGGAAUUUGGGAUUCUGGAAGGUCAGCCUUGGCUCCUUUCAUUAGUUUAUAUUAAAGUAUUCCCUGAAAUAAAGACUCUUAAGCAUUUUUAGGAGAAAAUGUCCCCAUUGGAAGCAUAACAAACAUGUUUGAUGCCAUGGCGAUUGAAGCAUAAAAUCAUGCAUUUGAUUUGAUCACGCUUUCAAUCUAGAGCCCUGCCUUCAACAUUUGAGGUUUUAUUGUUUUCCAAGUGUUGUUGCUAAUCAUUAACAUAUCCCAGACUGUGCACAGAAUAUAUACACACACAUAUUUAUACAUAUAUACUUAUACAUGUGUGUGUAUACGGUAAAAAAUCUAAUGUUUGAGUUGCUAUUCUUUUCUUUCCUUUUUAAGUGUCAUUAUGCACAGAAAGUCAUUUAAAAAGGUUAAAUGUAUAUUUGGUUGUGAUAAUUAGGAGUGAUGUUGGUGAAAUGAACUGUGAAAGUGCAAAACAAUAUUAAUUUAUAAUAUGCGUCUUCUUGUCCUUGGGGCAUCAGAGCCAGCGAUCAUGUCUUGAAGAAAUAUAUUAAAUUAUAAAAGAAACUUCAAUGAU